AGCGCUUGACUUCUAUUACAGGACUUGCGGUUCAGUCACUAGACUAAGGAGAGGUAAAAUAAACGUCAGGAUUUCGAGCCGCUGCAUCUGAAAAGCUCAGUAACCACAUUCUUCAGAACGCUGGCUGGUGGCCAAGGAGGUUUGGCCUGUGUUACCGCGAGAUUUCCUCUGGGUCUGCGAUAGCUUUGAUGGACGCGCAAAGUUUGAGAGUUUGUUGCUGAUUAUAUCGAUUGCUAACAGUUCAACAUGUCUCAAGUAGAUCUGCUUGAAGAAAUGAGCGGAUGGAAUCAUGAGAUGUGUCAGCGAGAGCUGCCGACAGCACUACCUAAACUUUUUUCCAUGUUUCAAUGUUCAAAUGAUGGGAAGGAAAAAAUACGAUUGUUCAGAAUUGUUACAGAAAUGUUUAUGCCUCACAUCAGUAUUUUGGCAUUGGAACGUGAUUUAUUUCGACAACUUCUACCAAAGGCUGUAAAGCAUUUUCACAAUUUAGUAUUUGAAAUCUCAAGCCAGUCAUCCCAGUUAUCAAGUCAAAAUACCGAAAUGAAAAACAUAUUACGGAAUAUUCUUAAGGAUAUGACUCGGUGGAUUGAAGUAUUAACUAUUUGUGUGCGCAAUGUCUGUUCCAUAGAAGAACAAGUGACCUUUGAAAAUAUUCAGUCUCUUCCAUCAUCUGUGCUGCAGAUUAUUAGAGCCACUUUCACCCACUGCAAGGAUAGUGACUCAGUUUAUUGUGGAAGACUCCAUCUGGUUUCAGAUUUACUUCAAGCCCUAUUUAAAGAAGCGGUCUCCCUUGAAAACCAGUUGAUGGAACUGCUAGAUAAAACUACUCUAAGUGAAUCGGAAUCGGCCAACGAAAUUUCAUGCAUGGUUUCUGUUAUACAUACAUUUGUAGAUAUUUGUUCAGUUGUCUCAAAAAUGGAUCACACCCUGCAUGCAAACACCUGGAAAUGUAUCAUCAAACAGACCCUCAAACAUCACACGUUGGUAAAAGGUCAGCUGCAUCACGAUGACAUUAUAAGAUCCUUGUGUGAUGACAUUCUGCUGUCAUUCCAGUCAUGCUUACAUCUGGCAGAGCAAAUGAAACAUGCAGGAACACAGGAAAAUACUGACCAAAGAUUAUUCCAGAAAACUGUUAAGCUGUGUCGAUUCUUUGCCAAUUCCCUUGUGCAUUACAUCAAGGAAUUUAUGCAAUUUAUAACAGGAUCCUGUGUGUUUCUUCAUCAGUUAUACCUUCAAAUAUAUUGCUCAUUUCCUCCAAGUCUAUUUGCAGUGUCCAUGUCUGAUAUUCAUAAAAAAGAAAUAAGCAAUGUAUUUCUAGUGGUUCUUGAAGCACUUAUUUCCCAGCUAUUGUCCUCCAAGUCAUUUAUAAAAUUGGUCUUGAAUGAAUUUCAAGAUCUUCCAUCUGAGCAUCACUUCCCUCAUUGCUUGCUUCUAAUAAACAUCGUAAAUAAACUUUCUACUCUUCCUGCUGAGCUACAAAGUUUAUGCUCAGGCAGCAAAUCUUCAGAAAGCAUGUCCAUAUUUAAAGCUGUACUCCAGAGCUUUGCAAGAUGUUCUCCUGAGAUCGCCCUUCCAGUUGUUCUACAGGAAGAAUUAGAGGAAGGCCAAAGCCCAUUGAAUAUUACUUUUUAUCAAUAUGUCUGCACCCACCUUUGUGCAUGUAUUGUACAACUUCCUCCAGGGUGGUUUCCUGAACUGGAGCGCACACUGCUAAAUGCUGUUCUAAGUGAUAGAAUGUUAGAGUCUCUUUUGGCAAUUGACUUGUGGUGUUUUUUAGUACGAUAUGGAAAUGCUGAACUCUGUGCUCACCAUGUUAGGAUUAUAGCUCUCUUGGUAAAGUCAAGCCCUGGCAGUGCUUACCAUCUUGUUCACCUAACUGUCCUGCUUAAACGUCUACUCUUUUUAUUGGAUGCUGAUAACCAGGUGGAGUUUGUCAAACUGUUUUCUCCAGCACAAGCAGAAAAUAUAUCUUUGUGGCAACAUGUUUCCCUGUCAUUCCUACCAAGUGCAUUGAGAUCACAAGUUGAAACCGGCUUUUUUACAGCAGCGUUGUCUCAGUGCAGAAACUUACUUAAGGGCAAAAGUACAAAUGAGUGCAUAAAACAAUUGAAGGUGUCACUUUCUGCAAUUGUGACGGCAAGCCAUUUUUCUAAGAGAAAUUUAGAGACACAGCAGCAGUCUGAUGUGAUAGAAAUUAUUUUUCAACUAUGGUCACUUAUUAGCGUGAAUCAGAUCUCUGGACAACCUUUUUUACUAGAAAUGAUAUGCCUUUUUUUGGAUUUGUUUGCAUUUAUUAUGAAAAAAGUAGAACCUGCCAUGCUAAAACAGGUUGUCUGCUUUAUUUCAUCCCUUUGUCAAGAAGACUCCCCAUCACAUGUGAAGUUUGCAGUUUUACACUUUUUAUCACGUCUUGGAAGAAUUAUUAUAACUCAGGAGGUCCAGGUUUCAGUACUGUCAAAAGUUUCUGGAUUAUUUUCACUUCUUCUUGCAGAUCAAACAUGGAUUAUUAAACAACAUGCAUUAGAAGCCUUCACUCAAUUUGCUGAGGAAACAAGCUAUGAAGAAAUUGUGCCACAAAGUCUCAAUUCAGAAGUCACCAAGAACCAUGUUGUGCAUUUUCUAAACAAGAGCAUUCUGCUUUCUGAAGGCAAUAGAAGAUUGGAGCGACUUAGAAAUGAAAAAUGCGUUUUAGAGACAUUUUUUUGUAAAACUACAAAGAAAAGCAAAGAACAAUCAAUUUCGUUAGAGCCAUCUACAAAGCGUCGUCGGCAAGCUACAUUCACUGACGAGGAAAUUGAAACACACAUUAAAGGCGUGGAAAAAUCCUUACUUUCAAUACAGUCCCUAUUACGGGAAAAUCCCAUACCACAGUGGCUCCCAGAAAAACUUUGCAGUAUUCAAAGCCUACUAAAAAAAAUACAAAAUAUUGCAGAAAAGAUAUAGUGUACAGUUACAGGUCAGUCUUUUAGUCUGCUAUGUCAUAAACAGUUAUUCCAGUUUCAGAAAUUGAUGGCAUGUCCUUAGAAUAUCAAUUCAUUGAAAACAAAGAAGUAGGCACAUCUAACAAAAGAAUAAUAUCACUC